AAGCCACAUAGAAAUGGUCAAGAGGUUCAAGGUAUGGAGUUAUAGAGAAGGAGAACAGCCUCUGUUCCAUGACGGUCCAUUGAAUAGCAUAUAUGCCAUUGAAGGCCAAUUUAUAGAUGAGUUAGAUUGCAGCAAGAGUCCUUUUAGAGCCAGCCAUCCUGAUCAAGCUCAUGUAUUUCUUCUUCCCUUGAGUAUCACCAACAUCAUUCAUUUCAUUUAUAGGCCAAUCACUUCUCCUACUGACUACAGCCGUGAUCGGAUGCACCGUGUGACAACUGAUUACAUUCGAGUUGUUGCCAACAGGUAUCCAUAUUGGAACCGAAGCAAUGGUGCUGAUCAUUUUGUGGUUUCAUGCCAUGAUUGGGCACCAGAAAUCUCAGAUGCCAACCCCCAACUGUUCAAGAACUUCAUCAGGGUAGUGUGCAAUGCGAACAUCACAGAAGGCUUUCGUCCCAACAUAGAUAUUCCACUCCCAGAAAUCAACAUCCACCCUGGAACGUUAGGGCCACCGGACUUAGGCCAGCCACCAGAACGCCGCCCAAUUCUAGCUUUCUUCGCUGGAGGAGCUCAUGGAUACAUCAGGAAGAUUUUGAUCAAGCAUUGGAAGGAAAAGGACAAUGAAGUUCAAGUUCAUGAAUACCUUCCUAAGACCCAAAAUUACACCAAAUUGAUUGGAGAAAGCAAGUUUUGUCUCUGCCCUAGUGGCUAUGAAGUGGCAAGCCCGAGGGUGGUGGAAGCCAUCUAUGGCGGUUGUGUUCCAGUGAUCAUUUCUGAUAACUAUUCGUUACCAUUCAGCGAUGUUCUAGAUUGGAGUCGGUUUUCAGUGGAGAUACCUGUUCAAAGAAUACCAGAAAUAAAAACAAUCUUGAAAGCUAUCUCAGAAGAGAAGUAUUUGAAGAUGUACAAAGGAGUGAUCAAAGUAAAGAGGCAUUUCAAGAUAAAUAGGCCUGCAAAGCCAUUUGAUGUAAUGCACAUGCUGCUUCAUUCACUGUGGCUUAGAAGGCUUAACUUUGGCCUUCCUCAUUGA